GGGGAUCAGUUUUGAUCAACGAGGAAUGAAAGAGCAAAGGAGAGGGAGUGCUCUUCGUGUCCGCCAUCGCGUUGUCACAGAAAGGAACGAGCAAGCCUAAUGGAGUUCGAAGAAAGGUCUCUAACAUCAUAAGUUCGCGAGGAGUGCGCAUCUCGCCCUUGCAACUUUAAUCGAAGAUAUUGACGAAUUUCAAUAGAGGCUGAUUAUUAUCACCUUCGCCUGGUCGGAGAGAGCCGAGUGACCGUUUUCUAAUUGAGCUUAUUAAGUUGAUUGCUUGCUGCUGCGUAGCUAACAUUUAAGAAGAAGCAGUUCUUUGAACCCACAACAUACGAAACAUGGGUCGUUACAGAAGUCGAAGUCGUGAUAGAGAUCGAAGAAGAAGGUCUCGUACUCGUUCUCGCAGCAGAUCACCAAGGGACAGAAGAGGCUGGGGUGGCGGCCUCAGAGAUCGUGGAGGUGGCAGGAACGGUAGAAGUCAACCAGGUGCAAAUUUAAAGAAGCCAAGAUGGGACAUGAAUCGAUUAGAGCCUUUCAAGAAAGAUUUUUACGUACCCUGUGAUGCUGUACAAAAUAGAGAUCCACGUAUUGUAGAACAAUAUAGAAGUGACAAAGAAAUCACACUGCGAGGGAAGGGAAUUCCAAAUCCAGUUUUUAGUUUCGAAGAAGCUGGAUUUCCAGAAUAUGUCAUGAGAGAAAUAAAGAGGCAAAGCUUCAAAGAGCCAACAUCAAUACAGGCUCAAGGUUGGCCCAUAGCUUUAAGUGGAAGGGAUAUGGUUGGGAUAGCAUCUACUGGUUCAGGGAAAACCUUAUCGUACAUUCUACCGGCUAUUGUUCAUAUCAACAGUCAGCCCAAGCUUUGUCGUAAAGAUGGUCCCAUUGCCUUAGUGCUUGCCCCAACGCGCGAACUUGCGCAACAAAUUCAACAAGUCGCCGAUGAUUUUGGGCAUUCAUCUGGCAUUAGAAAUACGUGUCUUUAUGGUGGUGCUCCAAAGGGCUCCCAAGCAAGAGAUUUAGACAGUGGUGUGGAAAUUGUUAUCGCAACACCUGGCAGACUACUGGAUUUCCUCGAAUCUGGCAGAACUAAUUUGAAAAGAUGUACUUACUUAGUACUAGAUGAGGCAGACAGGAUGUUGGACAUGGGUUUUGAGCCCCAAAUCAGAAAAAUUAUCGAACAAAUUAGACCCGACAGACAAACGCUUAUGUGGUCGGCAACUUGGCCUAAGGAAGUGAAGAAUCUUGCGGAAGAAUUCCUUAAGGAUUAUGCACAAAUCAAUGUUGGAUCUUUACAAUUAUCGGCGAAUCACAAUAUUCUUCAAAUAAUUGACGUCUGUCAAGAAUAUGAAAAAGAAAUCAAAUUGAGCACAUUAUUAAAGGAAAUAAUGGCAGAAAAGGAAAAUAAGACGAUAGUAUUCAUUGAAACGAAGCGCCGCGUGGACGAAAUUACGAGAAAAAUGAAGAGAGAUGGCUGGCCAGCCGUUUGUAUUCAUGGGGAUAAAACUCAACAAGAAAGAGACUGGGUUUUGCAAGGUACGAAAUCUGGCAAAGCUCCGAUACUUGUUGCUACCGAUGUAGCAGCCAGGGGACUAGACGUUGAAGAUGUCAAGUUUGUUAUCAAUUUUGAUUACCCAUCGUGUUCGGAAGAUUACGUUCAUCGGAUUGGACGAACUGGUCGCAGGCAAAAAACGGGCACGGCUUACACGUUUUUCACACCGAGCAACGCGAACAAGGCCAAUGAUUUGGUCCAGGUGCUCAAAGAAGCCAAUCAAGUCAUCAAUCCGAAGCUCUUGGAAUUGGCGGACAGAGGCGGUGGUUAUGGACGACAUAGAGGUGGCAGAAAUAGGUGGCGAUCGAAAAUCGCUCGUCGUGAAAAAGAACGUAGCUUGUCGAGAAGUCGAAGUCGUAGUUUAAGCAAAGAAAGAAACGGUAAAAGUGGUCGCCGAAGUUACAGUCGUAGUUAUUCGCGAAGUCGAAGUUAUAGCAGAAGUCGAAGUCGCAGUCCCCUUAAUAACCGUUCAGAAGUUAUUGGAAAAAGUUAUUGGAGUAGUGAGAGAUGAUUACUCCCAAAAAAGUUUACAAUGGAAAAAUCAGUUGUCGCGCAAUGAGAAAUGUCAAAUGAAAGUGAUAUGCAUCAUAAUUAAUUUAAGCUUUUUUUUUUAGCAGUGAUUAUGCUAAAAAAAUAUGAACAAUCAUUUAACAUUUGUAAGCAUGUCUUCAAUGUCCUUAUUUUAAACAGUCAACAUUAUGUUAUAAUAAUACAUUACUGACUACAUAUAAAAAUAAAUUUUUAGCACAAUUGUAUAGCAGGGAAUAGAGCGUAUUUGUGUUUCAAUGUAAUAAAAUCCAUAUUCAUUCCUAUGUUUAGUUUGGGAAACUAUAAAUGUACAGUAUUUAAGAUAAAAAUUGCAAAAAUAAAAUUUGUUAGCUACAGAA